AUGAAUGUAUUAGUUGGUAGAGCUGUCAAAAGCGACUUUUAUAUUGAAAUUAUAUAUUUGUAUGCCUUAGAAGCUACAGUAGAAGACUCCGCGGAUGGACCCGAAGAUGCACGUCACCGUAGACAUUGUCGCAGAAGGGCUACAGCAGAAGACUCCGCGGAUGGACCCGAAGAUGCACGUCACCGUAGACAUUGUCGCAGAAAAGCUAGAGCAGAAGACUCCGCGGAUGGACCCGAAGAUGCACGUGACAAUGGACAUAUAAGAGGUGUAGUAAAAGUUCGAAUGUUCAGCUAA